AUAUUGAAGAAAGUGAAAAUCAUUCUCUUCUUUAUACUCGACCAUGUGAUUGGGAAGCAGAAUUAGAAAGGUGUAAAUGUCCGGGAUGGAGGGUAACAUUAGCCAAUGAAAAGUACCUGUUAUCAGAAAGUCUUCCAGAAUCAUUUGUGGUGCCUUCAAUUUUGCUUGAUAUGAAUUUAAGUAAAACUGCUCCUCACUUUGCUGGUCACAGAGUUCCUACUUGGAGUUGGGGAUUACCGUCCGGUGCCUCAGUGGUUCGAAUGGCUGCUUUAGAUCCAAGUAUAUCAGAUAGUCGACAGAAAGAUGUAAUGAUUGAUGCCAUUAGCAGAGCAAGCCCUCGUCAGCUGCCUGUUCGUAUUUUCAAUUUGGAUGAGACUUGCCCUAGUUAUAGAGAUGUACAGAGUAGUUUCUUAAAACUAAAAGACCUUUGUGCAUUAAGUACACCUAAUGAAUUCUGGGAAACAGACAGUAAUUACCUCAGUAAACUGGACUCAACAAAAUGGCUUCAUCACAUUUCUUCAUGCCUGAAUAUUACUUUAGAAGCUACAAAGUGCAUUCUUGAAAAUACAACUGUCAUUUUCUCAGAACAUGAAGGAAGAGAUUUAAGUGCAAUCCUGUCAAGUCUUGUUCAAAUUAUUUUGGAUCCCUUGUAUCAUACUAUUACUGGGUUUGAACUGCUUAUUCAAAAAGAAUGGGUUGCUUUGGGUCAUCCAUUCACAGAAAGACAUCGUCUGAUAAGUGGAUGUGAAGGAGAAGAGUCUCCUAUUUUUCUGUUAUUCUUGGACUGUGUCUGGCAACUUACUGAGCAGUGCCCUGCAGUAUUUGAGUUUUCAGAAACAUACUUAACUACAAUAUGGGACAGCUGUCACAUCAGUGUAUUUGAUACAUUUUUGUUUAGUAAUACUAAAAGCCGUACGGAAGCUAUUUGCAACCGUGGUGCUAGCAAUAAUUUCAGCUUACGAAGUGUUUGGAGGUGGUCAAAACAGUUUCUACGAAGUGACUUAAGACUUUUCUCAAACCCACUUUACAUUUUGAAUAAAUAUACAGCUGUUGCUCCUAGUAAAAUGCUUCUAAAAACUGAAAGACCCAGAUCUUUUAGUUGCCUAAAAGAUACUAGUCAGUCGCAACGACGCCCACUUGUAAUUAAAAAAUAUGAAGUUCAGCCUAUUGUAUGGGAUGAAAGUGAAGAAAAUCUUUUGAAGAUAGAUCCCUUUAUAAAAUCCCUUAAGUUAUGGCAUCAGUGCUAUUUAAGAUGGAUACCUCUUGCACAUAUACUUGGUGGUGGCUCUCCAGUAUUAUAUUUGACAAAUUUAAAACUCAGCAGUGAAAUUCAAGCUUUGGAAAAAAAGAUAAAAUAUUUAUCCAGUCAAAUUAAAAAUUCGAAACCUCCAUCUAGACACAGGAGAGUUGCAUCCGAUGAUUACACUAUUUCUGCUGAUGUAAUUGAUUCAUGCCAAAUUCAAGAGGGCUCUUCCAUCAUUACAUCUGUAUUUCCUUUUGCACCAGUUGCUCCAUGGGACUGGACUUCAUACCAUUUCAUUCCUUCUACCUCAUGUCUGAAAAUAAGCUAUACUGAAACCGAAGAGGCCUUGGAUGAUUAAAAAGUUUUUCAGCUAUGGUUUACAAAUAUAUAAUAACUAUUAGCAUUAUCAGCAAAUAUUGUACAUACGCCAAAAUAUUCCAAAGUGUAUUCCAUUUUUCUAAAUUAUUAAAACGUCCAGUUUUUCUCCA